GCGGCGGAUGUGAGGUCAUAGAUAAGCACCCCGUAACAGUGUAUCUUCCGCCUACCAGCCAAGCGAGCACAGUACAGCUUUUCGCUCCUCGGCUCUCACACUAAAACCGUCUCAGGUUGUCAUCGUACGUUGAGCCUUCGCUGCUCUGAGAGAUUUUUUUUGCUCUCCUUAGACCACACUGUAACCAACCUUCCAAAUGAGUGACGGGGAGUGUGACUUCUUCUGUUUCUUCCGCUGCUGCUGAGUGAACCUCUUAUGUGCCUCACGCAGAAAAUACGACAGAGUGACCCUGAGGAGUGGCACAAGCUGGGAGAAAGGUGGGCAGGGAAGGUGUGGCUCUAAUCGAGACAUUAUUGGCAAUUUGACCACAAAGAUCCGACAGGUGGGCGCGCCGUCUACCUGUCCGGGUGAUUGAUUCUCUCGACUGGAUGUCUGUGGACAUGAACAGCCAGGCCUCGGACAGCAACGAGGAAGACUUCGGGGUGAACUCUGAAGAAGAGGAGGAUGAGGAUGAUGGUGGAGACGAGGAGGACCAGGGUGAUAUUGCGGCAUACUACGAGGGUGUGGCCAGUGAUGUGGAGCAACAGAGUGCUGACUCCUUUGAUCCAGAGGAGUAUCAGUUCACCUGUCUUACCUAUAAAGAAAGUCAGAGGGUGCUGACAGAGGAGGUUAACACUGUGGCUGCUGCACUGAAGGUUUUGCCAGCAGUGGCAAAACUGAUCCUGGUGCAUUUACAUUGGCAAGUUUCACUAAUCGUUGAAAGAUAUAAGUCCAACUCAUCACUGCUGUUGUCAGAUGCUCUGGUACAGCCCAGCAGCCUGUGCAGAUCAGCCGCUCCCCCUCAGUCCCUCCAGUGUGGCGUGUGUCUACAGGUAGUGCGGAGAGACUCCCUGUUGGCACUGCCAUGUCAGCACUCCUUCUGCAAAGCAUGCUGGGAGCAGCACUGCACUGUACUGGUCAAAGAUGGCAUGGGUGUAGGUAUCUCAUGUAUGGCUCAGGACUGUUCCCUGCAGAUGCCUGAAGACUUUGUCCUGCCGAUGCUUCCUGGAGAGGAGCUAAAGGACAAAUACAGACGCUACCUCUUCAGAGACUACGUUGAGAGUCACUUCCAGUUACAGUUGUGCCCGGGGGCAGACUGUCCCAUCGUCAUCAAGGUGCAAGAACCCCGAGCACGAAGGGUGCAGUGUAGCCGCUGCAGUGAAGUCUUCUGUUUUAAAUGUCGUCAGAUGUACCAUGCACCAACAGACUGUGCAACAAUCAGAAAAUGGCUGACUAAAUGUGCCGACGACUCAGAGACGGCCAACUACAUCAGUGCACACACUAAAGAUUGUCCUAAGUGCAAUAUCUGCAUUGAGAAGAAUGGAGGCUGCAAUCACAUGCAAUGCUCCAAAUGCAAACACGAUUUUUGCUGGAUGUGUCUUGGUGACUGGAAGACUCACGGCAGUGAAUACUAUGAGUGCAGCCGCUACAAAGAAAACCCUGAUAUAGUAAACCAGAGCCAACAGGCUCAGGCCAGAGAGGCCCUCAAGAAAUAUCUCUUCUACUUUGAGAGGUGGGAGAAUCACAACAAGUCUCUGCAGUUGGAGGCUCAGACAUACCAGAGAAUCCAGGAGAAGAUCCAGGAGAGAGUUAUGAACAACCUGGGAACCUGGAUCGACUGGCAGUACCUGCAUAAUGCUGCAAAGCUACUGGCUAAGUGUCGCUACACACUGCAGUAUACAUAUCCUUACGCCUAUUACAUGGAGUCUGGCCCACGCAAAAAACUGUUUGAGUACCAACAGGCUCAGCUGGAAGCUGAGAUAGAGAACCUGUCGUGGAAGGUGGAGCGAGCCGACAGCUACGAGAGAGGAGUGGUGGGAGGCGAGGGGGAGCUCAGUGCCAGUGACAGAGGGGAUUUGGAGAAUCAGAUGCACAUUGCUGAGCAGAGGCGACGUACGCUGCUGAAGGAUUUCCACGACACCUGAAGCUCCAUCGUGAAGCACCAGCAUCUCUCUCCUUACUUCCAUCCCCCUGCCCUCCCUUCCCUCCAUUUCUUUCCAUCACCAUCCCACGGUGCAGUUGUACUGAUCUCCUUUUUGCUUCUUAACACUUGUUCAUUUUGCUCCGUCUCUCCCAUGAUGCUGCAGGGUCACUGAAUGGCAUGAUUGUAAUUUUCCCUUUAUUAUUCCUCUCCUCCUCACUUCAUCUUCAUGUUUCGCCCUUGGAGCGUCAGUAAAAUUGGCUACACAUGUUGCAGCUUUAUAUUUCAGAUCAUAAUAAACGUGUGUGUGGGUGUCUGUGUCAGGCGGCUUUUAGUUCAUAUUAUUGAUAUGAGCAGCUCAAGUGCAACCGUUGUUAACAGUCAGGUGUGAAAGCUGUUUAUGCUGCAAGAGACAUUAAGCUGCUGGUGAUGGGGAAGCUUUUGUAAAAGAGAUCUGUAGAAAAAGCCGUUUGAUUUUCAUUUUGGAGACAUUGCUGAUGGAAGACUUCAGUAGUUGCAUUUAGACAAAAAUGACUAGCAGGAUCUCUCUGGUAGUUAACAUUUAUCAUGUACAUAAUUAAAUUCUAGUUUCCCCCCUUGAGGUGAAGUGAUUCAAUAAUGAAAAAAGUCACAUUGGUUUAAAAACCAAUGUGACUUUCACUGUGCAGUGGUUCAACCUUGUAACCAUUCAGGACAUGUGCAGCUUGACUUGGCAGUAAACAAUAGCAGGUUAUUCUGAGGUGCAUCCAUGUGUUGUGUCAAAGAGUGUUUCCACUUACAAAAUACAACUUACAAAAUACACAGAGAACAAACCAAAAUUCAGUAUUAUUCCACACAUGCUGCAUCUACAUAAUAUAUGAAAUGACUAAUAAACUCUCAAUCCAAGUUUUUUUUUUUGGGGGGGGGUCUGUGUUCUUACAAGCAAGACUUUGAAGUAGCAUUGCCUGCUGUUAGCAAAAAGCUACUAGUCAUUCUACUCUAAAUAAAACUACUUCAUGACAUUCUUGCCUCUUAACAUUCUCACACUGGUGCUUGAUUGUGAUCAGCUCAUGUAGUUCAAAAACAAGUGAGAGCCUGAGUGUCUGGGUAAAAAUGUAACACCUCUGAUCAGAUGAUGAUGUUCUUAGCAGCAAGUGUAAACUCCGGCGCACACACAAUACUACAGCACCACCCACCAACACGACAUUCUCAAACACUCCGCUGCAGAAAACAAACUUUACCUGUUGAUUUACUUUCAUCCCUCUGUCGAGCUCUCUUCUCUUUCACUCAUUACACCCCUGCCCUUCUCACUUUAUUUUGCUCUUCUUUUUUCCCUUCUUUUGUCUCUAUUUUUGCUCAUGUUGUUCACUUUUUUCUGGAAAAAAGUUGAUAGAUAGAAUCGUUUAAAAAAAACAGAAAAGAAAAAGAGAAAAAAAACAAAAAAAUGCUGUAAUUUUCAACGGUUGUACAUUAAUACAGAAAUAGAGUUACUGAAAGAGUUUUUAAAACCAGA